GCCCCUGCCCAGCGAGCCCCCCCCCCGGCAGCCUCGGCAGCAGCUGCGGUGCCGGUGGCCGCACUCGGCCAUAUGGCCACGGCGGGCGGCCGGUAAAAAUAGCCAAGGCGGCUGCACCCCGCGCCGGCCGGCAAGGGCGUCCCAAGGGCGGCGAGCCCAGCUCCUGGCCGGGGCCGCAUCUCGGGGGGGCCACGCGCCGGAGUCGGGGGUGACGCCUCCCUGUGCCCCCGCAGCGAGCGCGGGGCAAGAUGCCGGAGCAGAGCAACGACUACCGCGUGGUGGUGUUCGGAGCCGGCGGCGUGGGCAAGAGCUCGCUGGUGCUGCGCUUCGUCAAGGGGACCUUCCGUGACACCUACAUCCCCACCAUCGAGGACACCUACCGGCAGGUGAUCAGCUGCGACAAGAGCGUGUGCACCCUGCAGAUCACCGACACCACCGGCAGCCACCAGUUCCCGGCCAUGCAGCGCCUGUCCAUCUCCAAGGGCCAUGCCUUCAUCCUGGUCUUCUCGGUCACCAGCAAGCAGUCGCUGGAGGAGCUGAAGCCCAUCUACCAGCAGAUCGUGCAGAUCAAGGGCAGCGUGGAGAGCAUCCCCAUCAUGCUGGUGGGCAACAAGUGCGACGAGACGCAGCGCGAGGUGGAGAGCAGGGAGGGGGAGGCCAUGGCCAAGGAGUGGAAAUGCGCCUUCAUGGAGACCUCGGCCAAGAUGAACUACAACGUCAAGGAGCUCUUCCAGGAGCUGCUGAACCUGGAGAAGAGGAGGAACGUCAGCCUCACCAUCGACGGGAAGCGCUCCAGCAAGCAGAAGAGGACAGACAAAAUCAAGGGGAAGUGCAGCAUCAUGUAGAGCCCCGGACUGGCCCCGCGCCCCCCCUCCGGACCACACCCCCCCCGCACUCAGCACAACCGGUGCCACCGGGCCCGGCCCCCGUCGGUCCUCGCGGGAGGGAAGGACGGUGUCGCAUGGGGAUGGCCGUGUCACCCUUUGGGGACAGUCACGCGCGUCCCGGGCCCCCCCGCGCCCCCGUCCCCACGCCAUAGCGCUCUGCUCCUGCGGGCAGAGCCCCGGGGCGGGGGCAGCUCCUGCGCGGUGCCCGUGUCCCCCUGACCGCUGUCCCCCGGCCCCCUGCCCCAUCCUGGUGCCAUGACCCCCCCAAAACCCCCAGCUCCGUCCUGGU